AAUGAAUGCGGAAUACAGUUUGAAUAUAAAGACUAAGUAAACUGAAAAAGUCUCAACGGUAAGCAGAUGGUGCAAAUUUCAAAUAAAAUUCAAGACUUUUCAAUCUUACCAAAGAGUAUUAUGGCAAAGUCUAAACUUUCCCGUAAUAUCGUUCUCAUCACAUUAUUGUGCGUUUUUGAACUAAGCACAGCAAUGGAAAUUGAUGAAGAACGACACGAGGACGAAUUUGAUUGCGUUGGGUUGUACGGAGAAACCAGGAAGCAUACAGAUAUAUUACUUAAGGAAUGCAAUUUACUAAUGUCAACAAACAUUAUGCGGGCAACUCGGGAAUAUAUCAAAUCAGCAUCAAAAGAUGAGUUGGAGAAAGCUAGACAAGAAUAUCAUGAUUCGAAAAAAGAGACAAUUUUUCGACCAAAAAGAUCAAUCCCAAAAGUUCCAUGUCCAGUUAUGAACCAAGCUUAUUUGAAACAAAAUGACAUGAUGAGUGGCAUGAGGAGUCUGUCACCGUAUGCUGAAAAAUUGGAUUACAAUCCAACACGUUUUCCUAAAUUUAUUGCCCAAAAAUACUGCCUCUGCGAUGGUUGCAUCAAGCCGACGUUAGGAACUGAAACAUCGGAUUUUAUCUCUCAUCUGGUUACUGCACAAUCAAGAAUAUUUUUGCAGAAAACAGGAGGAAAAUCUUCUUAUCGACUUGCAAAACAGUCAAUUAGCGUUGGAUGUACCUGUGUACAACCGGAUAUUUCAUAAAGCGUGUUUGUUGUGAAAAUUCAGUCAUGCCAGCAGACAGAUUAUUACCUAUGAAAUUGCUUAUUUUUAUCAUAUGUUUUGUUUUUACUUUUUUUAUUUGAAUAUUUACCAAUUCCUUAUAAACAAAAAAAAGUAUUUUUGUUUUAUUAAUCAUCGGUAGUGUUUUGUGUGUUAUAAUAAAACUUUCUGCACUCAUGAAUUGUUUUCUCAAGUUACUGUGGUUCAUGUAGUUUUUGAGCAAUUUUUUUUUAUCUCUGCAACAACAAACUGUUUGCUUCCAAUAGGUGAGUUGUUUAAGAUGGAAGUGUCACUAGAAUAUUUUACUUUUAUUCAUUUUAUAAAUAAGUGAAUACUAUUUUUUACGCAAAAAAUGUAAACCUUACAAA